AUGUCUCGCCGCAAGAUUCGUAACGCCGCAGAAGAUACCCUCACUCCUCCUGACACCUUGGCACCGGGUCAACUGAUUGCACGCGUGGUCAAGGCUCAUGGCAAAGAUCUGUACACUGUCCAAACAGCAGACUCAUCCGAACUCCUUGCCGAACUCGAAGCUCGAUUUCGAGGGACAAUCUUUGUCAGACGUGGGGGCUAUGUCCUUGUCGACACCACAACCACGGCUUCCCGUGAAAACAAGAUUCAAGGAGAAAUCGUGAACAUCGUCCGAGACGAGAAAGCAUGGAGGAAACAGCCCUUCUGGCCACAAGAAUUCGUCAAGAAGCCGGCAGCAGGGGACAGCGACGAGGAGGACUCACUGGUAGGCAAGAUGCCGCCAUCUGACGACGAGGAGGAUUGA